AUGGCGUCCCCAAUCACUUGUCACGUCCUGAACACACUGUCGGGCACUCCGGCGUCCGGCCUGAAAGCUACGUUGACCCUUCUGUCGUCCAACAGCAGCUCAAACACACCGUCGCAUGUGGCCUUCACUGCUUCCACAAACGAGGACGGGCGAGUUAAAGAAUGGGAACCAUCUGCCGGCAAGAGUCUACAGGAAGUUGUGGAAGGUUACUCUGCGGGAGAGCGAAUCGCUUGGAGCAUCAAGUUUGACAUUGGACCUUGGUAUGAAGAGAAGGGCAUCGAGAGCUUCUGGCCCGAAAUUGAAGUCAAAUUCUACGUCAAAAAGGGCGAGCGGCAUUACCAUGUCCCCGUGUUGGUUGGCCCAUGGACCUACACGACAUACAGAGGGUCUUGA